CGCAAGAUCUGAGCCAAGGUGAUGGAGUCGCCGUUCCGAGCGGACGUGCUCAAGGGCAACGCGGCGCUGGUCACCGGCGGGGGAUCCGGCAUCGGCUUCGAGAUCGCCGCCCAGCUCGCUCGCCACGGCGCGCAGGUCGCCAUCAUGGGCCGCCGCCGCGAGGUCCUCGACAAGGCCGUCGCCGCCCUCCGGUCCCAGGGCCUCCGGGCUGUUGGCUUUGAUGGAGAUGUCCGCAAGCAGGAGGAUGCGGCCAGAGUGCUCACAGCAACAGUCGAGCAUUUUGGCAAGCUUGACAUUCUUGUUAAUGGCGCAGCUGGCAACUUCCUUGCUUCCCCGGAGGAUUUGACGCCCAAGGGAUUCCGAACUGUUCUCGACAUUGACACUGUGGGUACAUACACAAUGUGCUAUGAAGCCCUCAAGUAUCUGAAAAAGGGUGGGCCAGGAAAAGGCCCGUCCACUGGUGGCCUAAUCAUUAACAUAAGUGCAACACUGCAUUACACUGCGACUUGGUACCAAAUUCAUGUCUCUGCUGCUAAGGCAGGUGUUGAUAGCAUCACAAGAUCAUUGGCUCUGGAAUGGGGAACGGAUUAUGACAUUAGAGUCAACGGGAUUGCACCCGGACCGAUUCAAGGUACACCGGGACUGAGGAAGCUUGCGCCUGAGGAAAUGAGCAAGGGGCAUCGGGAAAUGAUGCCAUUGUUCAAGUUUGGGGAGAAGCGGGAUAUAGCAAUGGCUGCACUCUACCUUGCUUCUGAUGCAGGCAAAUAUGUAAAUGGGACUACCCUGGUGGUUGAUGGAGGCCUUUGGUUAAGUCACCCUCGCCAUAUUCCCAAAGAGGAAGUGAAGGAGCUCUCAAAGCUUGUCGAGAAGAAGGUUCGGACCUCUGGUGUUGGCAUGCCAUCCAGCAAAUUGUGACUGUAUCUUUGGUUGUGCCACCCUUCUGUAUGAUCUGUAGCAUCUAUGUGUAUUGUUGUCACCAAACUCUAUUGUCUAUGUGGCUCUUUGUAUGCUGAGCAGAGUUUGUUUAAUUGAGUAAGUUCAAAUGUUUACUGUC